CUGCACUACGGGACCCUGCUGGGCAGCAGAGCUUGUGCCACCAUGGCAGCAGCUGCCUGGGGCACUGGGCUUCUCUAUUCCCUGCUGCACACUGCCAAUACAUUUUCCCUGCCUCUCUGCCAAGGCAAUGUUUUGGAUCAGUUCUUAUGUGAAAUCCCUCAGAUCCUCAAGCUCACCUGCUCAGAUGCCUACCUCAAGGAAGCUGGGCUUAUUGUGAUUAGUGUCCUUGUAAUAUUAGGGUGUUUUGUUUUCAUUGUUGUGUCCUAUGUGCAGAUCUUCAGGGCCGUGCUGAGGAUGCCCUCUGAGCAGGGACGGCACAAAGCCUUCUCCACUUGCCUCCCUCACCUGGCUGUGCUCUCCCUUCUUAUCAGCUCUGCCUCUUUUGCCUACUUGAAGCCCCCCUCCAUCUCCACCCCAUCCCUGAACCUGGUGGUGUCAUUUCUGUACACAGUGGUGCCUCCAACCCUGAACCCCCUCAUCUACAGCAUGAGGAACCAGGAGCUCAAGGAUGCUCUGGGGAAACUGAUGAUCAGUUGUAUUUUGAAAGCAAUGUACUGCCCAUCUUUAUGUAUUCAUGACUUGUAA